AUGUCAUUUAUUAAAAAUUCCGAACUCCUUAUUUCGCAUGGAAUAGAUAUUAAUGCCAAAAAUUUUGAUAAUAAAACUGCUCUGCAUUUCUCAUCAAUGCAUGAACAAUGCAAUGAAUUGACAGAACUUUUAAUUUCACACGGAUUAGAUGUUAAUUUCAAAGAUAAAUAUGGAAAGUCACCACUUCAUUAUGCAGUUGAAAACAACGAAGGAGAUAAAACAAUUAAAAUUCUUAUUAAAAAUGGCGCUGAUAUCAAUAUUAAAGAUGCUAACGAGCAAACUCCUCUCCAUAUUGCAGCAAUAAUGCAUAAAAGAAAACUACUCGAAACUCUUGUUGCCAAUGGUGCAGAUGUUGAUAUUAAAGAUAAUCACGGGAAAACAGCUCUUCAUUAUAAUGUAGAAAAGAAAUACGAAGAUAUUGCAAAAUUCCUGAUCUCAAAUGAUGCAGAUGUAAAUGCCAAGGAUUCCGAAUAUAAUAUACCUCUUCAUAUUUCAUGUGAAAAAGCAAAUCGGUAUAAUUUAUCUCGGCUUCUUGUUUCUAAUGGAUCUGAUAUCAAUUCGAAAGAUAUUAAUGGUAGAACACCACUUCAUAUAGCGAUCCAACAUCGUUGCAAUGAAAUUGCAAAACUUCUUAUAUAUAACGGAGCAGAUCCUAAUAUUAAGGACAAUAAUAGAAAAACACCACUGCAUUAUUCAGUAGAAAGAAAUAAUAAAGAAUGUACAGAACUUCUUAUUUUGCAUGGAGCAAAUAUUAAUGACUUUUAUAACUUCUUAUAA